UAACCUCAAAUACGUCCAGCGUUCCCCACAAGCAGCACGCGUGCUCGUCAUAAUAUUUUGGUCUCAUUCGGAGAGCAGCCAUUCCGAAACUAUAGCUUCGAAUGGCGUGUUAGUUUUAUUUCGUUAAAUUUUCUAACAAAUCGCUUCUCAAUUGUGCGUAUUGCUGUGAAUUUUGGUGCACGGGAAGUUAAAAUAUCGAAGCUGCAUCAAAAUGUCGGACUAUGAAAUGGGAUCUCCGACUAUUAAGAAGGAGAAGAAAAAGAAGAAGAUCAAACAGGAACCGGGAGCCGAAAUUGAAAAUUUAGGCGAGAUUCAAAAGUCUGGUAACUUCCAGAUCAAACCGUCCGAGGCGAUUGCCAAGUUGGACACAUCGAAAUGGCCGUUGUUGUUGAAGAAUUUCGAUCGGUUGAACGUCCGAACCAACCACUACACCCCACUGCCAUUCGGAUCGUCGCCGUUGAAUCGGAAGGUCAAGGAGUAUGUGACGUCUGGAUUUAUCAAUCUGGACAAGCCUUCCAAUCCCAGCUCUCAUGAGGUGGUCGCAUGGAUUAAGCGAAUUUUGAAAGUCGAUAAGACCGGCCAUUCGGGUACAUUGGACCCCAAGGUGACGGGUUGUUUGAUCGUUUGUAUCGAUAGGGCUACGCGGUUGGUUAAGAGCCAACAGAGCGCUGGCAAGGAGUACGUGGCCGUCUUCAAACUACACUCGGCAGUGGAUUCCGUGGCUAAGGUCAACCAAGGCUUGGAAAAGCUUCGUGGAGCACUGUUCCAAAGACCGCCGUUGAUUUCGGCUGUCAAGCGUCAGCUCCGUGUUCGUACCGUGUACGAUUCGAAGCUGCUGGAUUACGAUGAUCAGCGCAACAUGGGUGUGUUCUGGGUCAGCUGCGAGGCAGGUUCCUACAUUCGUACCAUGUGUGUCCACUUGGGUCUGGUAACCGGCGUAGGAGGUCAGAUGUUGGAACUGCGUCGCGUUCGCUCCGGUAUCCAGUCGGAGAAGGAUGGCAUGGUCACCAUGCAUGACGUUAUCGAUGCCCAGUAUCUGUACGAGAACCACAAGGACGAAACAAUGCUCCGAAGGGUGAUUAAGCCUUUGGAGGGCCUUCUGGUCGGUCAUAAACGUAUCAUCAUGAAAGACAGCUCGGUGAAUGCCGUUUGCUAUGGUGCUAAGAUUAUGCUUCCUGGUGUGCUCCGUUAUGAAGACGGAAUCGAAAUGGAUCAGGAGAUUGUGAUUGUGACUACGAAGGGAGAAGCUGUGGCACUGGCCAUUGCACUGAUGACGACGGCUACGAUGGCCAGCUGCGACCAUGGAGUGUGCGCAAAGAUCAAGCGUGUCAUCAUGGAACGGGACACCUAUCCGCGCAAGUGGGGCUUGGGACCGAAGGCUUCGAUGAAGAAGCAGCUGAUUGCCAGCGGAAAGCUGGACAAGUAUGGCAAACCGAACGAUAAGACCCCGAAAGAGUGGGUGACCGGUUAUGUAGAUUUCAACAAACCAACUGCUGCUGGCAAGGAUACGAAUGGAAAUGGUGCGGCGGCCGAAGACGAUGAAUUCGCUGGAGGAAAGCGCAAAUUGAGCGUCACUAGUGCAGCGGACAACUCGUUGGACGUCUCAGCCAUGGAGGUUGAUGCCGGCGAGAAGAAAAAGAAGAAGAAGAAAAAACACAAGAAGGACGAAGAUUCGCCGGAAGAACCUGAGGCCGCUGAAGCCGUAGAUGCUGAAGCCGCAGAGCCCUCUGAAACCAAGAAAAAGAAGAAGAAGAAGGACAAAAAGCAAGAGGAGGAUGCAGAAUAAUGUGCCCUUCAUCAGCUGGAGUGGUACUUCUUGAACAACCAUACCUAUAGGUACUUUCAUCAAAUCUCGCAUCUGAUCAUCGUUUAAGUCGAUCAUUGAUUCACACGUCCGCCGGCUUGGAAGAGGAAAACCAAUUCCUCUUUACUUGCCAUCCUACGGUUUGAAGGGGGGAAAGUAUAACAGAGUACACUCUCGUUUAAUAGGUUUAGUUAUGUCAACGCAAUUUCCGGUUGAUGAUACUAAUAUAUUCGUAAAUUUCAUCGAAACUUGCAGCUCGCGAGUAGAAAAGGGCAUUUGUUUUCUUGAAUUAAAAGCUCAGGUCCAUAGUGGAACGAAUUUUACAAAAAUCGGUACCCGGAGAACUACAAUUAUACAGUCAUGUGUUUUUUUUUCUUAGUUUCGUACAAAACCAAAAUGAAGAGUAUGAAUAGUUUCAAAGCAGAAAGGUUCGACGUUUGUAUGCUCGAUAAGAUAGUAUAGUAACGUAACAAACGUACGUGUGUACCAACUCAAACAAAGCAUCAGACACCCAAACAAAUGUGGGUGUCUUUGUUGGUGUUUAUUUUUUGUUUAUUCUAGUAAGCAAACUUUUUUUUUACGUUCAAAAGAUACAGAUAUAGAAUUAUAAUCACUAUUUGUAAAUGUAAGUUUA